AUGGAUAACGCUCGUAUCAAGGUGAGAACUUCAAGCGCAGCGGUGUUGAACGAUUCUUUUAGAGUAUUGAUUGGGGAUGAGAAAUUUUGUAUCAAGUUCUCUGAAGACUCUCAUGGGCCUUUGCGUAUUAUUCUAAACCAGAAGAAAUCUCCUUUUAUGGCAUAUGCUUCUUCAUCAGAGUCGAAGGACAGAUGGUUGAAGCAGUUGGAUGGGAACAAUUUGGAUGAGACUAGGGAGUUCUCUUCCAAUGAUUUGGUUGCUUCAAGAAUAUUGUUGGCAGAAGAUGGAACGACUAAUGUUAACUUGUCAUGCAGUUUGGUGGAAAAGGACGAUACAGAGUUUAGGGGUUCUGAUCCUAGGUUUAUAGAGGAUAAAGCAUUUGUUCCGUGUACUUUCGAUGAAGCCCUUGGGGUGUCCAAGGAAAUUUCUACUCAUAGACUAUCAGAACUGAUGCAGAUUUUAGAUUAUCAUAUUCCAGUUGUUUCGGAUACUGAUAAAGCUCAAUUCGAAACUGGCAUAAAGUUAUUCGACGAAGAGUGGGAUUGCAACGAAGGACCAAUUAAUUCGUCGAGGUAUUUUAGAUCCUACUUCAAAUUACUGUUGCGUGUUUUGUUCUAA